CUAGCGUUCACGAUCGCGAACCUGCUUGGCUCCGAUGUUUCUAACCUUACAUCUUCGAUUCAAAAGUUUGUACAUACUACAACCUACAACUGACUACAACCGCAUUUAAACUGCGCUAGGAAAAGAUAUCUGGAAAUGCUCAAAGGCACAGUGACAUUUAUGUAUAAAAGUUGGAUCAAAGCGAUACAGUUUGGUUGAGACGAUAUUUGCGAUACAAAUUUUCUCAUGCAUCAUUUAUACCGUUAUGCUGCUGCGAUGUUUUUACGUGCGACGAUCGAAUAUUGCCACGUAUCGAAUAAGAGCUCGUUGUUCAUUUGCUUCGUUUGAAGAGAUGAUCGAGCAGAACGAUAAUUGAAAUGGACAACUCGGUAAAACUGAUUGUACACAGGGGCAGUACGAUCUUCGACUGCGUUGUCGUCACGAUACAUUCUGUGAUUAGACACGAACAGAAAGUAAGAAACGAUAGCGAAUGUCAGAGGCAUGUCAGUGAAAGUAAAGCUGGGGCACAAGUAAGAAAGAUAUCUAUCAACAAGAAGAGAUUUAAUGCUUAUUUUGUAUCAGCAUACGUUGGAACGUUGGCGAAUUCCAAAACAUAUCGAAAGUCUGCGUUUGAGAGACUGUUACAAUAUAUUUCGUGUAAGCUGUCGGAGAGAACGACGACGACGGCGACGACGAAUGUAGGAGUAAUCUUUAUGAAAUUGAGAACACCACAGAGACAGUUCUUAGAUUAUAAAUGGAACGAAAAGAUGGCACAGAUGGCAGUGGAAAGGAGAGAAGUCGAUCAUGCUAUGUCCUGGUUAUCUACGUUAGGCGGAGCAUUUUCUGCUUUAGGAGAAGAAUUUCAAUACUGUGCUGAAAUGGCUGGAAGAAUUUCUGUAAAACAAUUUGAACUGGCACUUCGUCUUGGCGAUCCUCUUUUGGUUGCCCGUUGCAAACUAUAUGCUGCCUUAAGUUUAAUUCAACAAGGCCACUUGGAGAUACCAAAGAAGGUAGUAAGGAGUACUUAUAGAUUUUCUAUCGAUCAAAAUGAUGUUCGUUUACGGAAUAUGUGUCACGGUAUAUGGGCUAAACUUACAUAUUGUCAUAAGAUGCGCAAGGAACGACGAAAAAGACCUGUCUAAAUAAUAGUAUCGGCUCGGUUCUUGCUCUCGCGACACACACACACACACACGCAUACACACGCAUACACACAGAGUUUUUAACACGCGUGAACUGAUCGAAUUUGAUAUUUACGUUUAAAAAAAGAUGUGUACAAAAAAUCAUGUUUUUGUACUUAUUAAAUGAAUAUUGAGGUAGUCUUAUUACAUGAUCGAAUUAAAAAAUAAUUGACAAAUAUGA